AUGUCAGAACCUAGUGCAGCCAACAAGCCUCCGUCGGUACAAGACAUCAACCAAGCCUUGAAGAACACCGAGCCUGCGACCAUACUGCAAAAUGUUCGGGUGAGCACCCCACGCACGCUGCAUAUCGGUCGCCAGUCGGCAGGUAACAGUGCGAGCCCAGUCCUGAAUGUACCAAGUCAACGAGAACAGCCCCGCCACGCAGCUACGCACAAAGAAACACGGCAGACAAGUGCAGUGACAUCAGGUAGAGUUCCAGGACGAUCGCGCAGUCGCCCUUCGCCAGCCGCGAGACCGAACUACUUCGUGGGAACUGCCGAGGAGCCUUCCGACGAGGACAAAGAUAGUGUCAUGUCCGAUGUUUCGUCGCCUACAGAACCUGCAUUGCAACACGCAUCGGAUACGAAAGCAAAGACUGCAAAUGCCCCUCCUGGACUUGGGCCUGCAGUAGCCCCAUUCCAUUCAUCCGCUCUUCCGAGGGGUUCGGAGGUACCUACACCUCCACCAUGCACUGGUCGAAAGAGGCAGGUCAACCCAUUCGAUGCCGAACAGGACCAAUAUCUCAUCUUUCUAAAGGAGGUAAAGCAGUUUUCGUGGGCCCAAAUCACGGCCGAGUACAACGUAGAUUUGCCCACACGUCAGUACUCUGCGCUACAAUCCCGUUAUUCCACCUUCUUGAACAAGAGAGACAGGUCAAAGGAUCCAUCUACCUUGAUCUUGCCCCCUCGGUGGGCUGCAGAGGCGACUGUUGAUUGGAAUCAGAUCCAUGGUACUAGUGUCUCAAGAGGACCAAGAAACAACCAGCCCACUGUUCCCCAUCAACAUGCUGCGAAACCUUCUCGACAUCUACCCGUUCAACAGACGAUAGAACGGGAUUAUUCAUCAGGAGGCGACUCUGCGCCUCGUCGAGAGCGAUCGCGUCGUGCACAAAGAGUCAAUUACACAUGGCCGAAACAGCGGGGUGUUGCCGCAGAUGAAGUAGAUGACUACACCGACGAUGUCCUUGGAUCUAUGGCGGACGACUCUGCUCCUACUCGUUCAGAGACACCGCAAGACCAUGAAGCGCCUUUGCCCAAUGAGGCUGUCGCUGUCGACAACGAGCCGGUGGAAGUACAAUUCGAUGCAGAUGAUGCAGCACUUGGAUUGAGCCUCUGCACAAAACCGCGCCGGAAUGGCACCCACGCUACGCAUGUGCCCUAUUUGACUUCAGGGCAACGCUUAGCAAUGCAGCGUCCAUCUACCGGCUCAGAGUGGGACCAGCUCUCAAGUCGAGACUGGCAAGGCAGCCUGCUCCAUGUCGACUUCAGCCCGGUUGAGAUCAAGCUAGUAGAGAAAAUUGUGACAUCAAUUAAGAACACAAGGUCGCGGCACAGUACGAAAACAAGGCGACUUCGCGAACUCUUAAAAGGCUGCACGGAUACACAGAUUCUCCGGCUCGUUGAGAGUCUUCGUUCACGCCUGCCUUGCCGAGACCGAAGCAGUAUUGAAGCAUUCCUACAAGAUGCCAUGGCCGGCAACAUCGCAGAGAUACCGCAGAUACAACGAUUUGCAGCCGCACGGCCGAACACGGAGAUGCAGUCGAUUCAGAAACCGUCGACCACAUCUAUCACACGUCAACGAGAGCUCGGUCGUCAGUCGAGAAGAGGCUGGCACACGGCGUCUAAGCCUAUCACAUAUCAAGUGACGAACAAGUAUAUGGACACAAUGGGUCCAGCAGCAUGUUGGACGGGCGCCUCAAGUGAUAUCCAUACUGUAGCCUGGGCACCGGAUGGUGAACACUUUGCGGCCGGUGCUGUCGCUGUUGACGAUCCGGACUCUAUGCAGUAUAACCGACCUAACAACCUACUCUUCGGAAGCCUCAUGCAUGGUACAAUACACGAGCUAGCAGAGCACUACAAGAUACGUAAGAAGACUGAGAGCGGUGCCAACUCAAGUCAUGCCAUGUUCGCAUCCCAGGAUCCGAAGUUAUACACAACAGUCACCUCGGUAGCCUUUUCGAACAGCAGCCACGUCAUGUAUUCGUCAGGCUACGACGGACAUAUUGGUAUUUGGAAAACCGACGUCAACGCCGACUCUGCUCAGCCUCUUUUAGCUGCUAAGCUUAACAUCAAAGACAAGAUUGAUAUCUUAUCAGUCAAUCAGAUGCAGCCUGGUAUGAUAGCAACAGCGGCGAAGGCAUCCAGUCAGAAGGCAAUCAGAGUGCUCAGGAUCGAUGAGGAAGAGCCCUGCCAGUUUGAGAAAUCGAGCUUCCAUUCAAACAAGGCUGUCGAUCGCAUGGAUCUCAAGAUUCUUCCUACCGCUUUGCAGUUCGAACCGAUAUGUGGUGAGCAACUGCUUGCAGGUUUUGGCGCCAAUAUGAAGGAGACGGGCUUUGACAUGACCGGCGAUCUAUGCUUGUGGGACAUCGAGACUGAGGCUCCUUAUUAUAUCCAUGGGUCUAACAGGAAUGUUUUCGAUGUCACCUUCAACCCAAUUCGUUCUGGUAAACCGAUGUUUGCAGCAGGAUGUGUCGCAGCGGGAUCCAAUGUCAACCGCGGCACACGUUCGACAGUCCGUCUCUACGAUGUAAGAGUUGACAAGUUUACAUGUCCUUUGGAAUUCGAGUGCGCAGCUCUAGAUAUGAACGACCUUAUCUGGUGCCCACAUGACGAAGACCUCAUCGCGGUCGGUUGUACAGAUGGACGUGCCUACGUCUGGGAUGCGCGUUGGCCCGAUGAUCCGCUCCGAAUACUCUCUCACAGCCGGUCUCUGAUGCCUCUACAGGAGGGUGUCAAGCAUGAAAUCACAGAUACCGGCGUUCGUUUCUUGUCCUGGGGUGACAACGCGACGAGGCUUUACUCCGGUUCAUCGGAUGGCGUGGUCAAGGUCUGGGAUGUUACACGCGCGGAAGAGAACACAUUUAUCAAAGACUUAAUCACGUGUGAUUCUGGUAUCAUGUCAGCUGCAUUCAGUGCGGACUACAGCAAGCUGGUCGUCGGUGAAGUCAACGGUUCCGUCGACAUUCUCGAAAUUGGCAGGGAUGACACUACGAUCAAAGACGCAGACAGGUUACGCUACAUGCCAUACCAGGAUGAUGAGCAAGAUGAGAUCCAGGACCACAAGACUGGCAACAUCAACCCCCUAGCACCGGAAUCUGGUAUCGCGGAAGGCAAAUAUUUGCUCGAAACCCAGCAAUUGCAGACCGCACCUGUAGGAAGUUUACCGGUUCGCCAAGUCGUUCAGGGCCAGAACUACGCCGGUCCCUUCGAUGAAAGUGUAGACGCGUCAUUCCUUCGUGAGCAAGCAUUGCAGUUCCAACUCAGUCUUACAACACCGCUAGGGCCUCAGUGCAAUAUUCCUGCCUGCAAAGAGAAUCUUAACAAAGUCACCAGCGAGGACGUUGGUGAUUCCGGGCGAAGUGCAGACCGUAUUCCUGAUGAGCUACGUCGACAGUGGAUGGCCAUCGAUACAAAGAGCAUUGUACCAGGCAAGUCGAAGUGCGUACAUUGCGGUCGUCCAGCCCGCCCACCCGUUGAUGCCAGCGACUUGGUUCUAUGCGAGCGCUGCUCUUUCGCCUGCUUCCGUUGCGGUUCCAUGAACCCCAUCGCCCCUGCUACGACGAUCCUCGUUUGCGAAGCUUGUGCGGGCAUCUGGGACAUUGGCGUCCUCGGAUACGAGUGCGUUCAGCAGCCGCAGCCGCAUCUGCACAACAAUCACAUGGAGCCAGAUGUUCCAGUUUUGGAGACGUGGGGCGAAGAAACCCAUGCGGACAGGGAGGACGAUUUCGAUACAACACACGGUGAUGAGAUGAAUGCGCUUACAGACUACUAUCUUUCGCUGGCUAUUGAUCGACCGGAGAGCCCACCGUUGUAG